AUGGCCUUCACCGUAGUGUUGCUGCAUCGAGAUCGAGUCGUCGUUCUCCGACGAAUGUUCGUGCUCGGAGCAAUAUUGUACGGGCUGCGAGCGGUGAUUCUCGGCGUCACGUACUUGCCACCGUCUUUCCAUAAUAGGGACCAAAUCUGCCAACCGCAAGUGAAUCGAACAGCGUUGAGCGGUAUGGAAAUUGCCACGAGAUUUCUGACCUACGUGGUGACGCUCGGGCUCACCUCCGGGCAGGACAAGAUCCUCUGCGGGGAUCUGAUGUUCAGCGGGCAUACCGUGGUGCUGACGAUUAUGUACUUUGUGCAGCUACAGUAUACCCCUCGGGGACUCGUCAUUCUGAGGUAUAUCGCGGCUCCCAUCACAUUCUUGGGGAUUGCCGCCCUGGUGGUGUCAGGCGGUCACUACACGAUGGACGUGUUGAUAGCGUACUGGUUGACGUCGCACGUCUUCUGGGGCUACCACCAGAUGUUCGAGCUGCCCAAGGAGAAGCGCCCGCAUGCGCCGAUGAGCCGGUUAUGGUGGUUCUGGAUGUGCAACUGGCUAGAAAGUGACGUCCCGGAUGGUCCCCUAGAAAACGUAUCGAUGCUGCUAGUAUUGUUAAUCUUCUUGUUUCCGGUGUUCCUGACCAUCGACGUGGCAGAAGAUCCAGUACAACUUGUCGACCGAGAUCCACAAAAUAAAGUCCAGGCUGAUCUGAAAGCAGCAGAUGCUAGUUUAAACUUGACGCGUACA